CUUCCUGAAGGAGGAAAAGCCCGUGUGCUGGAGUUUUUUUAAAUUUUGGUCUUUGCUACCGGGGAGGGGGAGCUGUCGGUUUUACGCGCCGGAAUGAUGCGUCCCAACCGCGGCUUCAUCCUACUCCUCCUCAAUGGAACCGCUUGUUUGGUGGCCCUGGGUCAAGAAGACCACUCCUCCAGCCCCAAGACCUCUUCAGAUGACUCCUCCAAGACACUGGGCCUCAUGAGCGGGCAGGCUUCCCUCUCGCCCUUGAGCCGCUGGAUGCUUCAUAGUAAGAGCAGAGCUGCUAAUGCCACCUCUCUGGAACUGCCCUACCGCUCUCCGGUCCCUUUCUCCAAGCAGGAGUUUUCUAAACAGGAAUUCUGGGAGAUGUUGGGCAGCGACCUGCUCAAACCCGACGCCUCCAGCUCCAGGGUCAAACGAAGGCCCAUCGUUAAGACCGGCAAGUUCAAGAAGAUGUUUGGCUGGGGAGACUUCUAUUCCAAUAUCAAGACGGUUAGGCUUAACCUGCUGAUCACCGGCAAGAUUGUGGACCACGGUAACGGCACGUUUAGCGUCUACUUCCGCCACAACUCCACAGGCCAGGGCAAUAUCUCAGUCAGCCUGGUGCCACCUGUCAAGGCGGUUGAGUUUGACCUGGAGCGCCAGAGCGUGGUCUACCCCAAGGACUCAAAGAUCUUCAACUGCCGCGUGGACUAUGAGAAGGUGGAUCGCAGCAAGCGCACCUCGCUGUGCAACUACGACCCAUCCAAGACCUGCUUCCAGGAGCAGAUUCAGAGCCACGUGUCCUGGAUUUGCUCCAAGCCUUUCAAGGUCAUCUGUAUCUACAUUUCCUUCUACAGUACGGACUACCGCCUAGUCCAAAAAGUUUGCCCGGACUACAACUACCAUAAUGAGAUGCCCUACCUGCCCUCGGGCUAG